AGAGCUAGUAAAGGCAAUUUACGAGAAGAUUCGCCUCAGUGGUAUAGAUUGGUAUGGUUCAGAUUCAACCGUCGUGUUUAAGACAGUUCUGAUUAUUGGGAGCUAGUUUAAUUGAUACAAAUUUCAAGACGAAAAUAGCGCCAUGAAUAAAGCGCACCUGUUUUUCGGAAGCUAUAUUGUGGCGGUUCUCCUCCAGUGUUACGCAUGCGUACUGGUCGACAUCCGGAACGACCAACAGGCUAUUGUGCAGAUGCACAAUUCCAUCAGAAGACAAGAACCCGCCGCGAACAUGAAUGCUUUGGUUUGGGACAAUAACAUCGCCAACAAAGCAGCGAGGUGGACCGAGACGUGUAACUUCGAGCACCAGGGGCGUGGCUACGGGGAAAACCUAGCCUACACAACGUUCAACGGAUCGCCACCUCCUUCGCGCAAUGUUGUAAAGAGCCUCUUCGGCCUGUGGGCAGGAGAGAAGCCUCUCUGGGGUCGGGACACAGAAUGCGGAGCUGCUUGCCACUAUACCCAGUUAAUCUGGGCCACCACGACCCGGGUAGGGUGCGCGCUGAGUCGUUGUAAAAGACUGCGAAAUGGCACGGAUCGGAACGCAUUGUACUUCGCCUGCUUUUACUCGCCGCCCGGAAAUUACAUUGGCCAACUCCCGUUCAUCGUGGGUGAGAGGUGUUCGCAAUGUGGGAAUGGCAUGGCCUGCGUAGGAGGACUGUGUACUCGUAAGAAUCGCGAAAUGUGAACUCACUCAACAGCGAAGCAAGUCAAGAAGUCGGCAAAGUUGCUGUUCCUCGGAAAAGGUCGCGAAAGAUCGUACGCGGUUUAAAACGUCAACUUACAUAAUGCUUACAGUCUAUUAACGAACAUCACAAUCUUCCAACCCACACUUAUCGCUUUUUCUUGCUUUGUAAUAUCUGUCAAGUGUUUUUACUUUUAAAAAAUCGACUUAUUUUGAACUCGACUGUCAGUCAAUGUUUACAAAUAUAUUUGGAUAAUAAAAUUCUUAAACUUUAA